UGUGAUGGGCUGAAGGAGUGCUCCAAACAGAUGAUUUUCCAGGGUCUUGUCCAGGCAUGAUUCCUCAUCUUUUACUGUUUGAAAAGCUGUCGUGCAAUGUCCUGAAGAAACCUGCGGAAGAAAUGCUGGCCUGGUUCCCACAUGAAGAUUUGGCCAGGCUCCCAAGCAUGACACUAAAGGUCAGUGGUUCACUCCCGUGGAAUCCCAGUCUUCUCCUGCAUUCAUUCCUCCUCCUUCCAGUUCCCUAAUCUGAUAAAUCAUGUGGGGAGAGGCAAGAGAGUGAGGGGGAGGAGUAUGUGAUGUAACCUCCGCUCGGGCAAAGUUACGAGACACCACCACGGUGCCUGCAGCUCACAGUGGCUUUACAGUGGGUACUGCUGGGAGACCCUGAACUACGCUUAAGGGGCGUGAAGAUCCACCACAUCUGUGUGAGACCCAGCAGGCGAUGUACUCACCUCACUUGCGGAAAAGAAAGCCGGGCACGGCGUCUGCUUAAUGGCGCACGCUCUUGCAGCUUCUUGUUUUGCUGCCUGCCGCAUGCACCCCGAGUGAGAGGAGCAGUGGCUGGGUGCUGCGUGCACCCCUGAAGAAAGGGAGGCGCGAAGCCAGCUGUGCGCUGCUGGGAACUUGUGAUGGCUUCAACUUGGCAGAAAACUCAGGAAUUCUACAACUGGGUCCUUGAAAGUGGAGAUCCAAGGACAGACCCAUGGCCCCUGGUGCACUCCCCACUUCCAGUCACACUCAUAUUUGCCUUCUACCUCUUUGUCGUGGCACUGGGGCCUUUCUACAUGCGUAAGCGGAAACCGCUGCAGCUGCGAGGCCUGCUGAUUGCCUACAAUGUCGCCAUGAUGACAUUAUCAAGCUACAUGUUUUAUGAGUUUCUGGUAACUUCAAUCUUGGAUGACUACAGCUACCUGUGCCAGCCAGUGGAUUACAGCCAAAGUGAACUAGGAAUGAGGCAGAUGGCAAGAGUGUGUUGGUGGUUCUUCUUCUCCAAAGUCAUCGAGCUGCUUGAUACGAUUUUCUUUAUUCUACGCAAGAAACAAGAACAGGUGACUUUUCUGCAUGUCUACCAUCAUGGCACUAUGCUGUUCAACUGGUGGUCAGGGGUCAAAUAUGUGCCUGGAGGACAAGCCUUCUUUAUUGGGAUGCUAAACUCCUUUGUACACAUCUUCAUGUAUGGCUAUUAUGCCCUGGCCAGCCUGGGACCACAGAUGAACCGUUACCUGUGGUGGAAGCGUUACCUAACCAUCAUGCAACUGUGCCAGUUUGUAGCCAUUGCUGUUCAUUCUUCCUACAACCUCUUCACAGAAUGCCCGUUCCCCGAUGGCUUCAACACUGCAGUCUUCCUCUACAUUCUCAGCCUCAUUGCUCUCUUCCUACACUUCUACUAUCAGACCUACACUAGGGGAAAGAAGGAGAAGCUCACUUAAAGAAAAUCAAAGAGGAGAGUGAGCACAGUCUGAUGAACUUGCACAUUCUCUGCUGCUUCUAACAUGAAGAAAAUGUAUUUGGGGAGUAUGUACGAGGCUCUUGUGUGCAGAUUCACGGUUGCCUUCAAAUAUCUCAAGUUAGGAAGAAAAAAGGAAUGAAAGAAACUCAGAGGUUAAGGUAUUGAGGAGCACACUUACUUGAAGCUGAUGCAAAGCCAAGCCAAGUAGUCAUCAACAGAGCAGCCUUUGUGAAAUUAGCACCAGAAGAUCUCCUCCUUCCCUUCCAUCUGUUAGUUCAGUUUGCAAGGUCUAGCAUCCAAUCAUGACUCCUUGGCUCAUUUCUAGGCUGUAGAGGGGUUUUUUGCAUUUACAAGUCUAUCUUAGCUUACCAUUCUCGAUCAGGCAGGGUGGUUUAACUUUCUGUUAGCAUAAGCAUGAAGGAAAUUGGACAUUAUGUUGUCCAGCUGGACAGAUACCUCUAUUCUUUCACUGUUCUGAAGAUAAAGAAGGCAUUAUUAGCACUUUUAUACUAAGUAGGAAACUAAUGCAGUAAGAAUCAUCAUAUACCCUUUUCUGGAAUGCUUGUUUGCCAAAGGCUUAUGUGCCUUUGGUUGCUCUUGAACAACAGAGAACUUCUCAUGCAUGAAGACUAUUUGGCAUUGCUCCUUAUAGAUGCCAUAAUUUGUAAUAGAAUAGAUUGAGGUUCCCUGUUCAUAACUUUUUUCCUCCAAUUUGGUGGUGGUAUUUUUUUUUUUUUUUAAUUUUGCUUCUCAUCAUAGAUAAAAAUUUGUACACUACCAUAAGCAACCACCUCCACUACCUAACUGUACAAGUAUUAAUACAAAAUGUAUAAAGUCAAUUCAUUGGCUAGUGCAAAGCUGCAUAGCUCCAUUGACUUUAUCACAUCACUUAUUGGCUCCUUUUAGGCUCCUAAAUCAAUUCCAACUAGAAUUUGACUCAUACAUUCACCUGCAGGCAGUUAAAUACUGUUGAAGUUUUGAUCUGGUAGUGCUUUCAAAAUCCUAAAUUCAGAUUUUCAACUACAAAGGGGUACUUAUUUAUUGCAUUCUGGUUUGUUGAUUAAAACAAGUAUUACAGAGUAGUAAUUUUUUUACAGUUGAAACACAAAGCUCUUGAAGGACAGGAUUAGAAUUAGUUACAUGAUGCACUGCCAUUGCAAAGCCAAAUUCACCUCAUAUGUAAGGAAGUCUAAGUCCUCUGGGAAUGUCCAGAGGAUUAGAUGCUAACCUGAACUUAGCAAAUGUAUGUACACAAAAAAAUUGUAUGCUGUCUUCCAAUCUGGAGUUUAGGGGCUAUGUAACUUGUUCAUCAUUGCUCUGUGUUCAUAUGUCAAACCUUUCCUUUAGCUACUACAUGCACAUGUAUAAGAUAAAACAGUAUUCUUCCAUUCCUUGCCCUCCUCCCCUUCACACACAUACACAAAGGAUUCAUUUACAUUACCAUAACGAUACAUCAUAAAUGUCAUUCCAUUGAUUUGAGUAGUCUUCUGAUUUUCACUGGUGAGUAUGAAAAGCAAAGCAGAGUUUAUUUUACAUCUGUGUACUAGCUGUUUUUCUUCAAGCCAAGUAUUUCUCCAUGCUCCUUACUAUAGAAAUUGUACUGCUUUUGCAUACUAGAAUGCUAUUUUUGUUAAAGCUUUAAAUUAUAAACCUCUGGGUGGGUCCUCUAUUCUUCCCUUUGUUUGGUAAGGCAGGAAAAAAAACCUGCUGUGUAUCUAACAUACAGUAUUCAUGUUGAGGGUUUCCCCAGAGGCCUCUCCAGCCUUGAAGCCUCCAUGCAAGUAAAGCUGUUUCAUUACUCCUUUCCAUUUAAUGAUUCACUUAUGGCUCUAUCCUGCUUAAAACAUCAAUACCUUUGGCCCCCUAGUUUCAUGGUAGAGCACACCUUCCUGCAGCUGGCUAGAUUAUCUGUGCUUACAAAGAAAUCUAAUUAAUUUAGCUCUUUUUCCCUAUUUAAGGGGAUCAUUAGUAGAUCUCAACCUGAGUUUCCCCUCACAUAAGCCUUUUGAGAUUGUAGUUAAGAAUUUCAAGGGCUUCACUAAUCAUUUUAUACCAGAGUAAGCAUCAAAUAUUUUGAUUUUGCUUGAUUCAUUCAUAAUUCAUGACUGCUUAAAAAUUAGAAAUUAGCAGGAAAUUUGGGUGAGAUCACUCAAUGUUUUUGCAAAUCCACUCCUUUUUAAAAUAUAUAAAUUUGCGAAUAUAUCAUUCAGCUCUUUUUUAAGCAGCCAAUGCAGCUUAAUUUGUGUCUGUGUAUGACAGAGCUUACUGUAGUGGAUUCUGAACUGUGACUGGCCACAUAGCUUGUAACAAAAUACAAAAGUAUGAAUUUGCCACCUGACAACUUGUAAUAAGUGACUGAUCACCGAAAUCACACGCCACUGCAACCUCUUGUCCUAGUCAUGCAACCUUUUGUCUAUCUAUCCCUCUUCCUCAUAGCCUGAGUGGUCUGAUCUUGCACUUUUGGAAUAGUAAGAGCUUUUUGUCAGUGUGACUUCAAUGGCCAUAGGAUGAAAAUGAAGUAUUUUCAGUUGGGUGAUAAGGAGGGAUCAAGUUUGCCCAGAAACACCACGCUUUGCAUACCUAAAUAGGUAUUGGUAUGGAGUACAACCAUUAUAAAUGCAUCAAUGCAAAAAAAAAAAUCACUUGCAAGAGUAUUUGUGCUAGCAGUGAAGAUAAAAUUGCAUAGGUAUAGCUGAGUGGCUCUGCAGGUCUUGAUUCUUUGCUCCUUCAGAUUGCACUCACUUGCUUUCAUUCUUCUGUAUUAAACUGGGGUACCACAGUUGGUAUUGUCCACUUGGGGCAUCCUGUUGUGACAAGAGCAAAAACCCAAGAGUAGAGGUACAUGCUCCUAGAAUUUAAAAGAGAAUAAAGGCACAGAAUGAGAUUUUCCCUUUAAGAUGAAGUCCCUAGAGUUAAAGAUUACAUCACAGUAAUGCACUGUAAGUCAAAAGGGCUGGAAAUUAUAAAUUGCAAGUUUGGAUGAUUCAUGCUGUCUGGCAGAGUCCAAAGCUUUGAGGAUGAAUUGAAAAUAUCCUGUCGCAGCUGGAUUUAUAAAAACCUCUGGGCCAAAUGCUGAUUCCACCAAUAUCAAUGACAAAGCCUGCAGAUUUCACUGGAAACAAGAUGGCACAGCUGUGUGGAAAACAAUGCACUCAGCUACAUAGCCUGUGGUUUUGGUUUGGGGUUUUUUUUUUGGUUUGGGGUUUUGCCUUUUUUUUUUUUUUUUUUUUUUUUGUGAGCAGACUGGAGUAUUAUCCAAGCUUAACAGAUUACUUUUAAGGGCACAGUUGUGUACAAGUCUCUCCCUUAUAAAAUGUGGGUCAUUAUACAUUCUUAGGGUAGUUUACAUUCACAAGAUGUAAAGCAUAAUGCAAGUAGUCUGUUUAAAUGAACAAGCUUCAUAUUUGGUGGUGCUCAGCAUCUUUGCUACUGUUAAGUCAAUGUAAAUUAUGGAUGUUCUGAUCAAAUUACUUUUGAAUUAACCAGACCAUUUACUCAAUGCUUACUUUCCCUCUGAAGAUAAAUGAGAGGGAUGCUCAUUUUAAUCAAAACAAAAUACAGAAAAGAAAAUCAAUUACUAUUUAAUGUUUUUUCCAUCAGUGUGUGAUGGAAAGUUGCCAGAGGAACUUGGGCUUAAAAUUGCAAAACAAUAUAAAAUGUAGGAACAUGGUUGAGUUUUGAGUAUUGGAUUUUUUUUAUAUAUAUAUAUAUACACACAUACACACUAUCAGAAAAUAUGGCAGUGUAUGGUUUUUUAAAAAAGGCAGAAUAAUUACUCUAAACAACUAAUUAAGCAAACCCAGGAUACAAUAGAUUGCUUUGUACAAUAAAUAAAAAUCUGUUGAUACAGAUGUAAAACACCUCCAAGCCAAAUACUAAAAAAGAUCAGCCAGCCCUAUAUAUAGAACAGUGUGAAUUUGCUGAAUUCAUUAAUGAAUAACUUCAUGGAUUAGGCCUUGAUAGAUGGAGUGCUCACAUCCAGAUGUUUACUGUGAUUUGUCAAUGGUCUUGUACUUAAUCCUCCUGAACAGGAAAUAAGAGACUUUACACUGGGGUGUCCCUUGGGGACUGUGGCAGUCUCUCUCUCUGGCCUGCAUCAUCUCAACACAGGAUCAGGCUGUUGGGGAAUUAAUCGCGUGGAGGAAGCACAGAUUUGCCUUUAACCCCUUUGGUUUCUUCUCAGCUUCAGAUUGACUUCCUCACCAUCUGCCAUGAUGGGAAUGUUAUUUAGUCAACACAUGGAGAAGAAAAAAAGGAGUCACCCAUGUCAUCCCAUAAGGCACAUUUGUGGGGUCCCUGUCCCCACAAAGUGUGUUGAAGUAGACACAUCUAGUCCCACCACCGAGUGGGAGGGCUGUGGGCAGAUCAAGCCUCUAGAUGCUGGUGUAUGUCUCUCCACAUCUCAGCAUCGUAUUUUUAUUUUGGUGAGGCUGCAGGUCCACAGCCACUGCCAGUGACAGGGAUGGCCCACGAGGGAGUAUUUGUGAAAAGACUGGAGGUCCCCAAGGUGUCCUUAGUCAGGUAUUCUGGAGCAUGUGUAGAGCAUGUGUAAGUGCAUGUGUGUAUGGGUAGAUAAAUGCACCCUCUGCAGACUACCCCCAUUGCUCAUUUCUCACCAUGUGAGGCUCCGCAUGUGAUGGGUCACUCAUUUCACUGUGUGAGAGUGUCCCACUGAACGACAGCUCCCAGCAGCCACAUCACUGCCAUGCCUGCUGCAUAGUGGCAUGUUUGGGUGCUGCUUAUCAGCCCAUGACGGUCUGGAUCAGCCAGUUGCAUCUGUCCCAGUAGCCAAGAGCAGGGGGAGGCCAGUGAAAAGCUGAACAUGCAGCAGAAGAUGGGGAGCAGUUACAGAAGUCUCAUAUGUGAUGCACAUGAUUACACAAGUCUGAGCAUGGACAUGUCCCUGGCAUGACUCUGUACAGGGCAUGAGGAUAUAUGAUCCUUCCCUUCUCCCCAUGGAGGGGUUGGUAAGGUGGCGUUGGGGGUGCAGACCUGCCUUUAAGUGAAAGGUAAGAGAAUAUCUAGCUUGGACAGUGUUUCUUCUGAAAAACUUGUGUGAACCUCUCAUAGGUGCUAGCUGGUACAGUAGGGAAUCUUAAAAGAACUGCAUUUAGGCAGCCCCUUGAUGCUGCCUAACCAGGGGAGUCCCAUUUACAGCCUCAGGAGAAAACCUGCAAUUGAGGCUGCAGGAUAAGGCACGAGUGAUGCUGUGUGGACCAGAUGGGGGGAAAAAGCAGCAUCCUGGUCAGAGGGGACGACAACAGGUAUUAUAACUGGAUUAGAAGAACUGAGUGGCAGUGGGAGCUGGAGAGAAUGGAAAGUUUUGGUGUGGGUGUGCUGGAGUGUAAGGGACUGAUUGCGUGUGUGCAUAUGCUCAGGGUAGAAAAUAAUUUCUGCUAAAUCACAAGUAUGGGGACAAAUAAAUUAUUUGUCAGGGAGUGCCUGGUUAAAACAUUAGUAGCACAUCUCAGCGCUUGACAUGUCCCGCUAUUCUGCAUGUCAUCCUUUCUCUCCAGUACCUUGGCUUUCUGCUGGUAGGACUACUCUUCUAAAAAGUGUUCAGUCUUUUCAUCACACUCAAAAAAUUAGGAAUGCUAAAUAAGAAUUGCCCUUCAAAAUUCCCUGCUUGGAGUAGACUUUUCUUCCCCUUCAAUAUCAUCGUCCCACUUUCUCUUAACCCCUUUCUCCCCUUGUCCUUUGUACCCACAUAUAAAGAUACGAAACUAAAUUCUUAGACUUGUUAAAGCUGCAAAGAAAGUAGUUAUAUUCUACUCAAACACUAUACAGAGCAGCUGUAUUUUCCUGCUAUAUCAUUUAAUAAUGUACAUUUUCUUCAUAGGGUUUUCAGUGAGGCUUUCAGCAAGAUGAACGUGGGCAAGUCUGUCUUUUUCUCCUCGCUUUAGCAUAAUCCCAUCUGCCUGCAAAUUCAGGAUGUGAACACUGCAGCACAACAUUUAGAAGGGCUAGAAACUUGGGUUUUAAUCAAGGGAGAAUUUAAAUUCAGCAUAAUCUCUCCCAGGCGUCAGAGAAGUGCUGCUCCCUGUUGUUGAUGAAGGAACAGCAGAAUGGAUACAAUCGUUUGAGGCAGCAAGUUUACUAGUCCUCUGUGCACUUUCUUCUGCUCUGCACUAUACCCACAGCCACCUCCUCUAGGCUGUGUCCCCAGAAGGCUGUCUGCCGCAGUCCUGAGGAUGCUCACUGCAUGGGGGAAUUUUUGAAAGUGCCUCCAGGAUUGAGAAGGGAAGUGUAGGAAUGGGGUUAAGAAUGGAUGUGGGUUUUUUAUGAGGGGUGCUUGAAAGAGGGAGGGGAGAUCUGUGAUGGUCAGCGUGGGUAUGUCCCUCUAGAGGGCUGGGGUUUGUUCUCAGAGCCUGUGGUGACUUGUCUAAUACAAUGACAGGUCACAGAAAUGCAGGGUGGUUGCAAGCAAAAUCAAAAUGAACCCUUGUGGGAGGAGGUCCCUGGAAGGGGGUCUCGCAGAUGGGGAGAAGGGUGUAUAUGUUCAAACACAUGCAGAAACAGAACAAAAAAAAGUACAGAGGGGAGGGAGCAGGCACAGGCGCCUGCAACUCAUCUGUUUUAUGUUGUGUUACUGGUUAUAUUCGUAUGCAGAUGAAAGCGCAGCCGAGCGUCUGUGGAUGCCGGCGACAGGCCCUGUGAAAGAGGCGUAUUCACGGACCAGACUCCAAAGGUGUUUGUUGUGAUGGCCAGGUGCCACAGUUCCUGGGGUGCAAGUUAUUAAUUUUGACUGGCAUUGCCUCCGGGAGAUCUAUAUGAACUUGUCUAGGAAUGUUUCCUCUUGAAAUAAAUUAUUAUUCCUGAGGCAAGGUUUGGAGGGAAAAUAUCUUGCAUUAGAGGAGGUGACAGAGCUGGAAAAAGAGACUAAUUUUCCAGUGUGCAAGCCCUUCCUCAGGUUACAAUCCCUGACAUGCAUUGAUAACAGAUCAGCCAUUACUUGUUGGGGUGCACAAGUGUGCCUGUACUUAUUGCAGAGGUGGCUAGUUCUAAAGGGUAUUAUACUACAUUUUGCAGGUUUGAUACAUUAUUCUGUUAAACGACUGCUCCUGUAAAUCAAAGGGCUAUUAUUUUCAAAGGGCUACUCUAGAAAACUUAUCUGUGACUUUGCUUCUAGGAAUUGCUUGUGUGAGUAAAGUGGUGCUUUAUUUCACCGGCACAGUGGCAAAACAGGUCAGCGAUUCUGUGCUCAGUUCUCAGAGGAACAUGACCAUGUCAUGAGCAAGUCAUCACUCACAGUAACCAUUUAAUAUAAUUAUGGUUUUCUAUUUUGGCACUGUUUUUAGUAUCUUUGGGCACAUUUCAUACACAGAGGUAAUGUUUUAAAUUAAGUGAAAACCCACUAAUCCAAAUAAACCUAGGUAAACUAUUUGAUGGAGCUAUGAGUACUACCACAAGGAUUCAGUAAAAAUGUCACUGCAGUGAUGCCAACUGGAAGGCAAAAUGGUUUUUCACUUAAUUCUGCACUUGAUUUUGAUAGAAACCCAGAAACUCCACAUAAGUUGAAUGGUGUGUAUAUAUGUAUAGGUUUUAAUUCUACAGCAUUUGUAUACAUAUUUAGUAUAUUCCUCUGUAGACCUUGAAUAGAUGAGUUCAUGGUUUGGAGAUAGAAAAUAAGAUCUUGGCAUUGAUUGUAUUACUGAACUGUAAUUGAAGUCAUUGUGCAAAGCUGCUUCAAUUCCUUUUCUCUA